CGAAACUGGGCGAGAUGUCUCAGGAUCCCGAUAAGGAAUACGACGAGUUGGAAGACGACUUUGACUCCGAGGCUGAGGACCCCAAUGCUUUCAAGAUCACCAAUUGUUUAACACCCCCUUCUGCAAGGAUCUACACAGCUCAGGAGCUACACUCACUUAUACAUCAGGGUCUCAUUGACCUCAACCCCGCAUAUCAAAGAGACGUGGUGUGGCCCGAAAGCAAACAAAUCGGUCUUAUUGACUCGAUAUUCCGAAACUUCUAUGUACCACCAGUCAUCUUUGCCGUGCAGCGUGACGAUGAAGGAGAGGAAGUGCGAAUUUGUGUCGAUGGAAAGCAGAGAUUGACAUCCAUACAGAAGUUCUUUGAUGGUCUGAUUCCCCAUCGCGAAUCUCAAAGAAAGAAAAGCUUCUGGUAUACGCGCUCCGAAAACCAGAAGGCUACAAGACCUGAGAUUCCCGAUUUUUGGAAGAAGAAGUUUGCAGGUACUCAAAUCACAUGUGUUGAAUAUUAUGGUAUCGCUCCAGGAACUGAGCGGGAGAUCUUCCAGCGUGUACAGUUAGGAAUGAGUCUAACUGCUGCAGAGAAGCUCCAGGCAAUAUCGUCACCAUGGGCCGAAUGGAUAUCAGAUCUCGAAGCAAGGCAUGUAAGUGGCCCGCCUGACGGUGGCGGACUCUCAGAGGUGUUGGCCUGGGACACGAAACGUGGACGUGACUUCCAAUGUAUAGCGCAACUCGUGUAUUGUUGCGAUGGACUGCCUGAAAAGUUUCUACCUACGGCUCAGAAGCUCGAGCGCUGGCUAUCACGCAUAGACAAGCCGUUACCCGCCUUUAGGCAGCAGAUGAACGAGGUCCUCACCGAGUUCUGGCUCCUCGCUACAUCCCCAAACCUCCAGCAUGCUUUCACUCAGGUGGAUAAACGAGUUGCACCUGUUGAGUUCGUAUUUAUAGGUGUCCUCCUGCAUGUUCUUCGUCAUGAGAGCCAAGAAGCUCGCGCGAAGGCUGUCCUCCGCAUGCGGCUGCGCAUUCGCGAACAGUUCCAUGAUGUCCGUAACAACACCACCGUCGGCAAAGCUCUGUGGGCAUUUAUCGACAGUGUGACGGGUCCAGCGGGGCUGAAGGUUUUAGAUCGUGGCAACGGCUACCCCAUGGACAUAGAGCCUACACCUUCCGCGAAAGGCCGCAAGAGGCGUCAGAGGGAUCAUGAGGAAGAGGAUGAGUAUCGACCAUCACCCAUCAAGAGUCUAGGCAAAGCAGCAACAACCCGGUCUCAGAGGAAAUGAGGGCUGCCAGCUAUUCCCUUCUCAGGACAUCAAAGCCUCGUUAUGAAGAUUCACCAUCAGGAGAUCCUUUGACUUUAGCCUUUGUAAUUUACUCUCGAUGUGUAAAGUAUGCCUUGAGGUGUAGUGGUCGCUCUGGCAUGCUUCAGUAAGAGCUUCUCUCUUUCUUUGGGGUUGACAGCAAUUUCUGUGAGGAAUGGCUUGAUCUCGUCUUCUUUCCAGCUGGACCUGGCAAGGAAGAGUUCCGUAAAGCGCGCAGCGGGUUCGACAGGGAGAUCGGAGGAAGGAAAGUAGGUUAGCGAUGGCCCGCCAAUGGCAGAAGCGUUGAACAAGUAGUUGCCCUAGAAGUUUUAUGAACACCAAAUUGAAAACUCAUUUGAAU